CACGCCGCCAUCGAGCUUCAUCGUCUUCGGUCCAUCCCAAAGCCACGACGGGUGAGCUCACAGGACGCUGCAACAGACGACGGAUCGAUCGCACAUCCCACCACCUCGAUACUUCUAUCCGCAGAAGCGAGCGCAUCCCAUCCGCCCAAUUGCCCAGAGACGCUUUCAGGAAGGCCCCGACGCAAGUCCAAGGGAAGCGCAGGAGUCUCGUCGUCCGCAAUCCAUGCCGGCAACGCCCCGAAGAGUUGAAGAACAAAGCGGAGCAUCACAUACCUCCGAUCUGCUCUCGGCUAGCUCAAUACCAGGUACAUCCAACCAUUACAAGGCUCAACCUGUUGCGUAUCCUGGUGACUCUGCCGUGAAGGCGGAGUCAUCCAGGGCGGGAAGAGGCAACGGGGUGGAGGGCUUGAGCAAUGGCAAUGGCGGUAGCGGCAGCUCCAAUGGCGAGGCCAAUGGUAUCGCUGGCCCGAAUGUACAGAGCAGCGAACCUGCGGAUCGCAAGCCCAUGACUUCAUCUUCUGCAUCUGCAAAUGGCAGCCUCAUGCCCUUGAAUGCUUCUUCCCCGUCUAAAUCUAACGGCCACUUGUCUCCUCCCGCUUCCGAUCCAACGUUUAUGCGACCUCCUCUCUCUCUCAAGGCCCAAGGCAAGGUCAAAGCGGUAGAAGCUCCUGCUGUGGUCACAAAGACAAGCAGGUCUACCAGUCCACCGAUCCCUGGUAGCGGGGUGAAGCUGUCUCACUCUCAGAUGUUCAGAGCUUCCUCUCCACCGCGGACAGGACAUGACAAGAGAGGCGGAAUAUUGUUGGACGGUUUGAAAUCAGAGCUGAAUCAAGAGGAUGGAGGUCUCAUACCUUUGGCAGCAGUGAUAGAUCGGGUCGCGAGCGAUGCAUACGAGACACUGCAGAACCUUGGUGAAACAAUGACUUCUUUGCCCUCUGGCGCUCGACGAGUACGCAUCUUCAACACCGCCCUUGACCUACGGAGGCAAUUGAUCAAGCUAUACGUUCUCACGAAAUGGGCAAAGGGAGCAAAACAUCUCCAGCAUAUCACCAAUGUACUCGGGCUGACCCACGAGCAGUCAUUCCAGACAGUUGAUGCUAGGGACCACAUCAAAGAGACCAGGAGCUUGCUACCCAAUGCUCGUGGUAGGAAUCAUGACAUUGUCACUGCAAUUGAUGUCCUAUCUGCUGGAGAGCCUCAAAGGUUGCCAAAGUCCAUUGCCACGGAGGCAAUCCCUCCAGAGCCUCUCUCUGAUAGCGAAGCGCGGACCAUUGUCAAGGAGCUCGACACAACCUUACACAAGCGCUUGACAGGCUACGAGAUUCUACCGCUAGCGUUACAGCCGGCGCUUGAGGCCUCCUUCAAGAUCUCCAAUGGUCGGGUCGAACUUGCUGCACCGAACCUCUUCUCGAUGUCAUUGACGCUUUCAGGGGAGCAGCAGGAUGAUCGGUGGUAUUUGCUCUCGAUCAGGUUCGAUUAUGAUGUCACAGGGGAAGGGAAAGAAAGGUUUCCGAAUGAUCUGUGGGAGUCCCAAAGGGAGGCCUUCAUUGCCCAAGCGAACGCGGUCCUGGAGCCCAGGAACAAUCUUGAGCAGGAGGCGAUAGCAGACACCCCUCCAGAUCUGCAAGCACGAGCACAAGAGGCGCCUAUAAUUAGGCUGUACAACUUCCUUCGGUCACAAGCUCUCGAAUAUCAGCUCGAUAUCCUUGCCUAUCAAUUCUCGGAGCUCGCGCGACUGAAGUGGAGAGGCAGCAUCACAUGGCAAUGGGAGCAACGCGUUCUCAUCGUCAAGUAUUGGACACCUACGUUGCCUGUCGCGGGCGGCAAGAGUGACCAUGCCAACAAAUGGAAUCCUUUGAGAGGGGGUAUCAUCAGGCUUCGCGUCCAGGACGAGGCGCUGCAUUCCGCCAGCGACGGCGUUCUGGCCUCACUGUCCAUGAGAGAAGACAGUGCCAUCGAUGAAGUAGAUGGCAAGGAUGCUGAACUGCACAGCGAUGACAGAGAAAAACAGCUUAGGCUUACCUUGAGCUGGGAGCUCGACAAGAAACUUGCCACCCAGACGAACUUCCGUAGUGAUGUACGAGCGGAAGUCAAUGCUCAGGCCCUAGAUGCCAAUGCCUUGUUGGAUGAUGUGACCGCAAAGCAUGCAGCGUUGUCCAUCAAGGCUAUCAAGGAACGGCUCAGCAACAGCAAGGCCCUGAACAAGACGAUGAUGUCUUCCCCAGGCGCAAUUGUCGAGGAGAGCGACGCGAGCGGUGCUGCGCUCGUCGUCAGACUCCACGAGACGAUCUCCAUCCGCAUCAGAUUGGAAGCGAAGUCCGGACAAAUUUCCCUGACCCAGCUGAACAGCUCACGCAAGCACGUUGGGUCGUCCUCAACGACUCAAAGCGUCGGGAGUCUUCUGGCCUCCUUUUCCGGUUCACCCUCAAUCGCCCGUCUGAAAGACGCCACGAGACUACUCAAUGUAGCUCCAGAGGCAAUCGUCGAAGUUCUCCUGCGUCUUCGAACAGCGGCAGUCUGCGAUGACCUGGAAGCAAAAGCAGGGAGAGUGGGAUUGGGAUGCCUUCGCCGGCUCAAUCUGGGCCAAGAAGAAUAUGGCAAAUUCGGCAUCAGCCAGCCUAGCAGUCUGCUCUUCCUACCUUUGCCACAGUGCCCUACAUUCUACCUGGUCAGCGUCGUCAGGGAAGAGGGUGUCCGCGUAGCGCUCACCAGUGCUAUGCCGGUGAUGUACGGGGAUGGUACUUUCGGCUCUUCGCUGUCUGUUCAGAGUCUCCAGUGGCUGGAUGCGUCAAGGCUCACAGACAGAGCGACUUCAUCCACGCAAAAUUUCCUCGGCAAGAGGAGAAGAGGUCAGCAUACAUCAGGCUCUCUGUCAGGGCUGGGAACGCAUAGCACUUCUGCUGCUUCCGUGACCAACCUGGAUAGCUCGGAUCUUGCCCGCUUGCAUUCGUAUGCGACGGCUCUUACGCUUUCUCUACAGAUCGAAUCGCAGCUGCAAAUGAGGAGUAUUCCUUUCGCCUACAUACCUCCAAACAGACAACGAAGUAGUCCAGAAUCUCUCGAGCUCACAAAGUCUGACGACGAGUAUCAGCGAGGGCAAGCCCUUGUGCCCGCGAUCACGCUUCGAGCGGCGGACCUAUUCGGCUCCUCUGCUUCGCCUCUGCUCAGACGAAGUGUUGUUCUCAAGAUCCGCGACUAUUGGAACCCCAAACGCAGCAGCCUCGGUCUCGUGACAAAGUUGAAGUUUAAUGCGAGCCUCGGCACCAAUCAAAUCUCAGGGAGCGAAUCGGCAGCGCAGUCAGGUCUUCAAGGUGCUCCUCCUACCGCUGUGCUCAACACUCGGACGUCGACAAUAUCGUUCCAGGCGCAAAAUCUUUCCCAGGCCAUCGACAUCUUCCGCUUCGAGUGGAAUCGCAUUGCCAGGAUCGUCUCGCUCGCUGCCUACCUCUCAAAAGCGCCCUCCCUUGCAAGCUUGAAGACAUUCACUUUAUCGCAAGUCAAAUUUACCUACACCGGGCAGGACGGCCAGGAGUUGAUGGGCGAGGUGACUUGGGAAAGCGAGCAAGCCGUACCGGGCCAUUGCCUUGCCUUUAGCUCUUCCCCAAUCACUGCACAAGGCAAUCCGCACGCGCUCAUCUCGCGACACCUUGAAAGGCUGCUCAAUGCCUCUAGCACGCCUCCGGACUGGUCAGCCUUCUUCACACUGUUGAGACAAACACUGCCGAUCCUGACUCUGGUACAAGGAUACCUUGUCGAGGACGAGGCUGCUAUGGAGGACGAAGGCAAACCCGAUAUGGAAUUGAUCAACGCCACGAGGUACCAGGUCAUCUUGGUGGAGAAGUACACGCUGGACGUACGGCUCGCAAAGGACGGAAGAGCCUGCAUCAGUGAUGGCGUAGAGUCCAGCUCCUCUGAGGCCCCUCGAGCUGGCGAAGCUGAAAGUGGGACCGGAAUUGGACCUCGAGAAGGAUCCUGGACGCACCCGAUCCCACAAUUGGCGCAGAUCAUGGGUCGGUUCGCGGAAGAAGGCGCUCUUGUCUUUGGGAGUACGAUGCUCCUACCUGCGGACAAGACUAGUCUGCUCUCCGCGUUGAUAGAGCAGGUCAAUGAGGCCGUCUUGGUAGAAGAGGGCCUGAAGUGAAGUGAAGAGGCAGCUUUGGAGGACCGCAAAGCCUUCUCUUCUUGUACGAUCGAUCGCCGUUUUUGCUUUCUUGUACGAGGGCUGAUGACAGCCUUGUCACCCCCUCGGAUGCCUCGCGCUCGAUGGAGGGCAAAAGUCAUAGUAGAUGCCUGUUUAAGUCACACUUUCAAUCGUCCUUGUGGCUACCAUACGUGAAUGCUGGAGAAGCGAG